GCCAACGACUCGUCGUCGUCGUCGUAUCCGCGGGCCGGUUCCCGUUCCUCCCGCGAAUGCGAUACCCCGAUCCCUGCCCUGCUCCCCUGUUCUCGAUUAAUCGCCUUUAAUUAUUCCCCCGGUGUUAAUCCACGGAUUAAACUCCCCACCUGCCCCUCCUCCUCGUCCUUCAUACUUGACACACUGCACGAGUGCCGGGCGCAGAGCCAUUCUCGCCCUCCGCCUCCGCGGACGAACUGAUUGCCGGCUCGGUCCAAGUUUAGCGCGUCGGACCCCUCGCUCGCUCCCCAAUCUCAGAGGAAUGGAGGUGGUGGAGGCGGCGAGGCCGGAUAAGCUGGAGCCUCCUCCGUCGCCGCCGGUGGAGGGCCCCGGCGAGAAUGGCGCGGCCACCAAGCUGCAGAAGGUGUACCGCAGCUACCGGACCCGCCGGAAGCUCGCCGACUCCGCCGUCGUCGUCGAGGAGCUCUGGUGGCAGGCGUUGGACUACGCGCGCCUGGAGCACAGCACCGUCUCCUUCUUCGACGAGCCCAAGCCGGAGACCGCCGCCUCGCGCUGGAACCGCGUCAGCCUCAACGCGUCCAAGGUGGGUCAGGGUUUAUCCAGAGACGGCAAGGCCCUCAAGCUGGCUUUCCAGCACUGGAUCGAAGCGAUCGACCCGCGGCAUAGAUAUGGGCACAACCUGCACUUCUACUACGAUGAAUGGUGCAAAAGCCAAGCAGGCCAGCCAUUCUUCUAUUGGCUUGAUGUUGGAGAGGGAAAGGAUCUAGACCUUCCUGAAUGUCCAAGAGCUUUGCUGAAGAAGCAAUGCAUUCGAUAUCUUGGUCCGCAAGAGCGUGAGCACUAUGAAUACAUCAUUAACGAGGGAAAAGUUAUCCAUAAACAGUCUGGAGAAGCACUUGAUACAAGUGGUCCUAAGGGGACUAAAUGGAUAUUUGUUAUGAGUACAGCAAAAAAACUUUAUGCUGGCAAGAAACAGAGAGGCGUAUUCCAGCACUCCAGCUUUUUGGCAGGAGGUGCAACUAUAGCUGCUGGGAGAUUUACUGCAGAAAAUGGAGUAAUCAAGUCCAUCUGGGCGUACAGCGGUCACUACAAACCUAGUGAAGAGAACCUCAACAAUUUCAUGAACUUCCUUGAAGAGAAUGGAGUCGACCUCAAAGAAGUUGAGGUGCGCUCAUCCACCAAAGAAGACUACAAUGAAGAUCCAGUGCCUAAUGACUCACAGAAGUUUACUUCAGCUAUCAUGGAGACAGAUCUUCCACAAGUGGUUCCCCCUCUAAACACCACAGAAAGCAAUGGAGACAACGCUCCUGAAGAACAAGCCAGGCCAACCUACCAAAGGACCUUAUCAGGCGGUCUGCAAAGCCCCAGAGCCACUGAAGUCCCCCAGAAGGCGAUUCUCGAGAGGAUGAAAUCCAAGAGCGAGUCCAAGUCCUAUCAGCUUGGGCACAGGUUGUCCCUUAAAUGGAGCACUGGAGCUGGUCCAAGAAUUGGAUGUGUCAAGGACUACCCAAUGGAGCUCCGGAUGCAGGCUCUGGAGAUGGUGGAUCUGUCGCCAAGAGCAUCGACUCCGUCGGCGUCAAGGAGACUGCCUCCUUUGUCCCCCACUAAAGUCACGUCGCCAACAUCACCGCUCGCACCAAUUCAGGCCUCCGUGCCGCAGCCAAGUUAGGAAUUUAGAGUAGCUUAUUAUGCCACGCAAAUAGCACGAAACCAUGCUUUUCAGCUGUUGUUACUGUUAUUCUGGAAUGUCAUUUUUCGGCACUGCAAAGAUCACAUGCCUGGUUUGUCCAUGCUGCUUCUCCGCUGUUCUGUGGUUCCAUUCAGAGAAGCACAGUGCAAUGUUCUCCAAAUGAAAUAGGCGCACAUUUCAGAUAUGAAUAGCUUUGAAGCAGAUGUGAUAGUAUGUUUCAUUACCGUGGUUAAGGAAUUUGCUUAUAUUGUAUCCUUUGUAAAUGGAAUAAUGAACACAGCAUUACAUGUGUCA